UCUUUAAAUUCCCAUUACAACAAAGUGUAAUGCAUGCUCAGCAUGCUGGUGAAAAUGUGCCGCGUCUGCGGAAAAAGCAAUUCAAGCGAAAAAAGCUUGAAUCUUUUCGAAACAAAAAACCGGAAGUUAGUGCGGCAUAUUCAAAUGUUGACUGGCUUGUGGCUGCGGGAUUCGCCAGAUGCUCCGGUGUCCAUAUGUUUCUGCUGUCAAUCGGACCUCAAGCAAGCCAUGUCGUUUCGCAGGCUCUGCAUUAAGACCCAAAAGAAAUGGCAGCCGCAUGUCGAAGUCAGCGACAACUCCAACCUUAGUGCGGAGCCGGAAAGUCCAAGUCCUGGGCCAACGAUUCGCCAGACCGACUGCACUGUCGUCAGCACAUAUAUAGACAGCGAAUCGGAGGAAGAGCCACAGCAAACAGUACAAGUUAUGCUCAAAGAAUGUAAAUCUAGCAACAAUUUGGGCUCCACAGAUUUAGCUGAGGAGCAUGAUCAUUUGGACCUCAACUACAUCAUGAAGGCCAGCACAGACAUCGAUACCGACGACAGUGAGCAUAUCAGUAGUGAAGUAAAUGACAUUAGCGAUAAAUACGAACUUCCCAAGCCGUCAAUAAAUACCACAAACGGCUGUAAAAAACUUUUGAAAGCCAAGCAAGAAGUGGCCAUCUACAUCUGCGAGCUGUGUGGAACGCAUGUAAAUAGCAAGGUAUCAUUUGAUCGCCACAUACGGAAGCAUACGGGGGAGCGUCCCUUUGGCUGCGAAGCGUGCACGGCGCGAUUUUUAUCCGCUGCCGAGCUGCGCGCCCAUGGCCUCACACACACAGGAGAGCGACCGUUUCCAUGUCGAUACUGUGAUCGCCGUUAUGUGAGUUAUACGGGAAGGCUCAAGCAUGAGCGUAUACAUACCAAUGAUCGGCCGUUUGUUUGCGCGGAGUGCGGCAAGGCGUUUACCAAUGCUUAUAUACUGAAGAACCAUAUGCUGGUACAUACGGGCGAGCGCAUGUUUAGAUGUGAUAUCUGUCAACGAUCAUUUCAGCGCAAGACUCAUCUUAGAACGCAUUACCGCUCAAAUAUGCACAAGCAGAACGUAGAGAAGCAUGAAGACGCACAGGCAGAAUCAGUUGAAAACUUAUAAAGCGAAUUUACUGUAUACAUUUAUUCUGGGCUAGGGAAAGGCUAGGAAAUAUAAUUACAUAUAGAAUAGCGGGAAUACCUGCAA